AUGUUGUCAUUAGUUGUUAAAAGACAUGGAUACAAUAGGUUACAUGUACCCGAUGUUCCUGUUAACGUCCUAAAGUUUUUCGAUCGUAAGACUGCGGAAUCUGUUAGCAAAGCCAAGUCUAUUAGUGUGGCUUCUGACACAAAGAAUGACGUAGGUGUGGUGGAAACGGCAUCUGGACUCGUAAAAACUGCGUACACCAAGAUAGAGCCAACUGCGAAAGAACUGUUAGUGAAAUACGAGCCAGUUGCAGAGGAACAUGCUGCUUCAGCAUGGCAAUCUGUUAACAAGCAAUCGAGUGAGGAAGGGUACAAGGCUUCUUCAUAUCUUCCAUUGGUGCCCAGUGAAAAGAUUGCGAAGGUAUUCAAGGCUCCUGACCCAGAAGAAGAAGAAGAAGAACAUGUACAAGAACCGGUGGUUCCCAGUGGAGCCGAGGAGUUGUGCACGUUGAUUAAUAUCAAUACACAAUGA